AGUUGGGCUUAUUUUGGGCAUGAACAAUGUUACAAGGAUCGGCUGACAAGGCCUCAGUACAGCAACUGACUGAGCUCACAUUCUUUUUGCGUAUCUAUCUGGUUGACUCCCCUCUCCGAAAAUAGCUGCUGCAUCACAGACCAGGGCUUUGUCAUGUACCCCUCUGAUCAAGUUCUUAAAGCUCCUCUAUCUGCUCCAGCAGUACCUCCUGAUAUCAGUCACCCUCAAUCUCGUGAUCGUUAACACUACAAUCUCAACUGAAAGGACAGGUUUACACUGUGGUCUUUACCUCGCAAAAGGCCAUGAGUUCCUUUGGCUAUCGCCGGGAGCUGAGCAAGUACGAGGAGUUGGAUGAGGAUGAGCUGCUUGCCUCACUGACAGCCGAAGAGCUCCAGGAACUGGAAAAGGAGCUGGCUGAUAUUGAUCCAGAUGAUAAAGUCCCCACUGGACUAAGGCAGAGGGACCAGACAGAUAAAACCCCCACGGGCACAUUUAGCCGAGAGGCUCUCCUAAAAUACUGGGAGAAAGAGACACGCCAGAUUCUCGAAAAUGAAAGGAUGGGAUCUUCAAGCCCCCAGUUUUGCUGUGGAUUCCAGGGUGGUGAAAAUAAUGAAAAAGAGAAUAUGACAGAAAGCAACAGCGAGGACUCAGAAGAGGAGAAAGAAUCUGAGGAUGAGAAGGAAAAGGAUGGUUGUAUAGAUGAUGAUGAAGAAGAUAAUGAAGAGAAGGGUGAACUAGAGGAGCCAAUUACUGAGGAGGAGGAAGAGGAGGAGGAGGAGGAGGAAGAAGAAGAGGAGGAGGAGGAAGAAGAAGAGGAGGAGGAGGAAGAAGAAGAAGAAGAAAAAGAGAUUGUCAGAAAGCAGGAAAACAACCUCCAAAAGGAGAGUGUUCUGGAGAAAUGUGUUCCUCUGCAUAACAUGUACAACGGUCACUCAAGCCUCAAGCCAGAAAAUUCUGUGAGGAGAAAUUCACCACAGGAGUCAAAUCAGUUGUCAGGAAACCCCACUGUCCUAGAUGAGGCUCUGGAAAAGAUCCUCCGUGAUGACCCUGACACCAUUGAAGUCAAUCUCAACAAUAUUGAUAACAUUUCCCAGGAAAACUUGAUCCGCUUCACAGAAGCCCUGCGCUCCAACACCCAUGUGCAGGCUUUUAGUUUGGCGAACACUCAUGCUGAUGACCCAGUAGCCUUUGCAAUUGCCAAAAUGCUGAAGGAGAACUGCCACAUUACUAAGCUAAAUAUUGAGUCUAACUACAUCACAGGAAAGGGUAUCCUAGCAAUAGUGCAAGUACUUACACACAAUAGCACUCUGACAGAGCUACGCUUCCACAACCAGCGCCAUAUCUGCGGAGGUCAGGUAGAGAUGGAGAUGGUAAAACUGUUGAGAGAGAACACCACCCUGCUCAAGCUUGGCUACCAAUUUGACCUGCCUGGCCCUCGAAUGAGCAUGACUGGCAUCCUCACACGCAAUCAGGAUCUUCAAAGGCAGAAGAGAAUGCAAGAACUACGUCAGCAGCAAGGAGGUGCCUCAACUCCAAUUAACCCACGCACAAGUGCGCUACAGAAGAGCACACCAACCUCUUCUCCAUAUGGGUCUCCUCGGAGUUCACCGUGGUCCUCUCCAAAGCUGCCACGUAAUGAUGUCAUAAAAAGGAAUCCUCAACCAAGUCUUCCACCACCUCCUCCUCCUCCUCCACCACCUCCACCACCUCCUCCUCCUCCACCUCCACCUCCCCCCAAACCCCAGAGCAUUACUGUAAAAAGAGGUCCAACCAGAAAGAUCGCAGAGGUGAUCAAACUUCAAGAAGCAAGUGCCAAAAAGCAACAGGUUCAGAGUAAAGGCAAGUGUAAGUCCAAAAAAGGGAAGAAAGAGGUUCCCAAGGAAAACGGGACCGAAAACAUCCUUAAGGAGCUGAAAAAUGCACUGAAGCCCAUCGCAGACAGAGACAGCUCCAGACCCUCUACGCCAAUGCGGUCGGCUCAUGACGAACUCAUGGCCGCUAUCCGAGCAAGCAGUAUCAAAUCCCUGAAACGGGUGGAAGUUCCCCAGUAUCUUCGGUAAUGGGGUCAAAUACUAUGUACCAAGAAAGAAAGGAUGGCCACACACAUCAUCUCCAAAGAUCCUUUCCAUAGCACUACGUUUAUACGAAAUACUCUGUAAUGAAUCUGCAUAGUUAGUGCAAACUUGUUCACUUCAUGUUAUGAAUACCUUCCUACUGAAACAACUACAAGUGCAUACUGGGCCAUAUUCAGGGCUAAGUUAACAUUGGACAGGUGUUUCAAUAUCCACUGGAGCUGUAUUAAUUCCAGGGACCCCGGUUUGGUCCUGAUUUGAUCUGAGUUACUGUCUGUAUGGAGUUUUGAAUGUUCUUCUGGGUUUGAAUGUCUGCGUGGGUUUCCUCGGGGUUCGCUGGUUUCCUCCCACCCCCUAGUAGGCAAUUUGGCUAUGCUAAAUUGCCCCUAUGUGUGAAGGAGUGUGUGUGACAGUCUGUAUGAAUGUGUGUGUGAGACUAAUGUCCCAUCCAGGGUGUAUUCAUGCCUCGAACCCAGCAUUCCCAGAACAGGCUCUGGAUCCACUGCGACCUUAAAGCGCUUAUAGAAGAUGAAUGAUGAUGAAUGAAUGAAGGCCAUGUCCAGAACAUCAGCUUUGGAUUUUUAAUACGGAUAUCUUUCUGCUGAUAUAUGUCAUUUGAACUUGAAAUGAAAAAAAAAAUGAAAUGAAAGUACCAGAAAAGGUGAUGCCAUAGAAGAAACGUUUUUUGGUUUCCUUAAUUUGGUUUUCCAUAAAUUAAGGUUGCAACAAUAGAAAUAUGGACGGAAAGGGAACCAUUGAAGUGCAAUAGAAUAGCUCUUCUAUCCCAAUGCUCUAAAGAGCACUUUCUGGAAUGCUUAAUUUUUAAGUGUAUCAGUUUAAGUCACCAACUCUCACGACUCACUGUGUAUAACUUUUGAACUACACUUUGUUCUAACAGGAAGUCUACUUCAUAGAUCUCCUAUAAAUGAGGUUAUAUUAUUAUAAUUAGAUUAAAAUAUUGUUGGAUAAGGGAAGCAAUUGACUAAACUAUAAAUGGGAAGGACUAAAUACCUGCAGUUUGUUCAUAUUUUGACACAAAUAACAGUAACAGUUUCUAAUUGUUUUGCAUGAAGGCCUGUCUUUAUAGUGCACUGAUGAAAACAAAACAAUAGUUCAUAAAUUUGAUAUAUUCUUGAUUUUUUUUUAGGUUAAUCUCUGUAUAAAUGUAAAUAUUUGCUUUGAUGUGGAAAAUUAAACCUUUUAUUUAUAAUCUGUCAA